AACCGGAAGUACUUUUCAAAAUGGUCUGCCGCUGUUAAGUUCAAUUUGAAUGGGAAAUUUCAUACCGGUGCUUGUUUGAGACCAAGUAUGUCACUUUAAUCUGAUCUUUAGCUAUUGCAACAAGGGGUUGCGUGUUAUGGUAGCAUGACUCCGUCGAAGAACGGCAUGUCGAACCUCAUCGAUAGGACGAUGAGGAUGAGACGGGAGGAACAGGAGAGACAGGUGGUCCUCGCUUGGGCUGUUCUCAACGUGUCACUCGCUGGGAUGAUCUACACCGAAAUGUCUGGAAAACUGCUCAGUCGGUACUACAACAUUACAUACUGGCCUAUCUGGUACAUUGAGCUGGCCUUGGCAGCUUUGUUUAGCCUCAACGCCCUCUUUGACUUCUGGAAGUACUUUAAGUACACCAUGGCUCCAUCCUCUAUUGUUGUCUCCCCAGAGCAGCAUCGUCUCCUAGGGCUCGGCAACUCUGGCAUCAAGGCCUCCCCUCCACUGAAGCCAGAGAAGAAGGAGAGUCCCGCUGCCACCCAGUCCUUCCCCUUACAGGGGCAGAACGUGCUCAGCUUCAGCCCCUCGCGCCCAGCCAGCGCCAGCCCCAAGUUCUCGCCCAGCUGCGUGCCAGGCUACAGCCCUCCCCUCACCAGCCCCUCCACCCCGGGCAGCAAAGGGCCCUACUCCCCCUCACUCGCCUACGGAAAGGUGUUGAACUACAGUCCGUCCCCCGGCUCCCCUCCCUACCCCAGUAGCCUGGGACCCGCUGAGGGCUCCAGCCUGAGGGCGCGCUACCGCACAUCCCCCUCCGUCUUCAACUCCCCCGGUGGGAAGGAGGACUACAUCGAUGACCUGAAGGGCCUGGAGCGGUUCCUACGCUCUGAGGAGGAGAAGAGCCACCGCAGCCAGUUGGGAAGCCCAGAGUCGGCGUCCCCAGCGCACAGUCCCACCUUCUGGAACUACAACCGUUCGGUGGGAGAUUAUGCCCAGAGCCUGCGCAAGUUCCAGUACCAGCUGGCCUGCCGCUCGCAGGCUCCCUCUGCCCACAAGGACGAGACCGACCUGGGCUCCAAGCAGGCCGCCGAGGAGGUCUGGGCCAGAAUAACCACCAGUCGCCUCGUAGUGGACAGUAUCGACACAUGGACUGCUAAACUGAGAAAUUGGAUUAAUGACACCAUCCUGGUCCCUCUGGUGAAGGAGAUCGACUCCAUCAAUAGUCAGCUCAGGAGGAUGGGCUGCCCUGAGCUGCAGGUCGGAGAGACGAGCAUUAGCAGCUUGAAGCAGGCAGCGGUGACCAAGGCCUUGGCCAUCCCGACCCUCAACACCAUUGUGCAGUACCUGGACGUCAGCCCCAACCAGGAGUACCUUGUGGAGCGCAUCAGAGAGUUGGCUCAUAGUGGCUGCAUGAGCUCAUUUCGUUGGAACGGGGGCGGAGACGUGAAGAACAGGAAGUGGGACACGGACCUGCCCACAGACUCUGUGGUUCUGAUGCAUGUGUUGUGCACAUACCUGGACUCCAGGCUGCCCCCACACCCAAAGUACCCAGACGGGAAAACCUUCACCUCACAGCACUUCAGCCAGACCCCAGACAAACCUGAUGUGACCAAUGAGAAUCUCUUCUGCAUCCAUCAUAGCAGUAUAAACCCUCCCCAUUACCAGCUCAUCUAUCAGGGACAUGUGUACAGCCUGCCCAAGGGCCGGAACAACCUGUUCCACACAGUCCUCAUGUUCCUCUUCAUCAUAAAGACCAAGGAGUCGGGGAUGCUGGGGAGAGUAAACUUGGGUUUGUCUGGCGUUAACAUCCUCUGGAUCUUCGGAGACUGAGGUUCUGUCUCCAUCCCCCAUUACCACCACCACCUUUUAAAGCACAUCACAUAUGGACAGCAGACUCCUCCAGCACAAAGAUGAAGGCUCUUCUACCGAGAAAUACGUAGACCAUAGGUGGCACGCACACCAGUGUGCUCUGCAAUACUCUUAUUGCCACAGUCACCAGUAUUUAAUAAUACUGCUGUAUUUACGACUGCUAGAUCAUGAGAAGAUGCUGUUAUCUUACGGCAUUACUGAAUGUGAAUGCUUACUUAAAAGAAAAACUCCACCCAGCGUCUGGCCUCAUACCUCAUCAGGUAUCAAUUAUGUGUGUGCGUGCAUGUGUGCUCUUUUUUUAAGUAGCUCAUUUUGUUUUUAGUAGUAGCUUAAUACAUCAGGCUUGUAUAUAAUGAACUGGAGGAUUUGUGUAUGUGUGGAGUUUUAAGGAACCCACAGUAGUUUGAAUGUAUAUAAGCGUGUGUUAUAUUUUAAAAAUGUUUCUCAUGAGAAUGUCCUGAUUGUCAGGGUCUUUGUAUUUGAUUUUGUGACUUUGGUUUGGUUUGAGUUGGGCUGUUGCUCUUUCUCCACCGUGUCAGGGCAGGGUCUGCCCUACUCCAGAGACUCUUCAUUACUGACUGUAGUAGGCAUGGAGUGGUGUGGAGCUUGUGGCCCUGCCCUGCACUGACUGUUAACUUGCUCUCAGUCAGGCGGCUCUUAUUUGAGAUGAAAUGACCGUUUGGGACCAUCUAGUGUAGGUUCACAGAUACACAUACUUGUCUGCCCCUGAAUGUCUGUGUCUUGACCUGAUCUAGACUCAUGCUGUACUGAAAUGGCAGGCUUUUCCUGACUGUAACUGACUAUGUUAGAGUAGAGCUGGCCUUGGUCUGUAGCCGAUCCACUGAAUAAAUCUGUCCCAGAGGCAACUGCUGUCUGUUGCAUUGUGCACUGUGUGGGUGGCUUCCCAUACAUGGACUAAGUCCUAUACAGUCCUAGACUAAAAAAGCCCUUCAAUGAAGAUCUCCUUUUUAGUCCAGGUUUGGGCUUAAUCCAUUCAUGGGAAACCGGCCCUACGAGUUUUUGUGGGAAUGGGCAUUCAUUAAGUCCGAUGAGACUAGAUCAGCCAAACCUGCCUAUGUGCCGAAGUCCACUCUGCCUGAAAUAGCUGUUUGGAUGGCGGGUCUGUUCAAAAGGGCUUCUUGUUUUUUACCCACUAUGUUAAAAGAGUGGGGACUGGUGACUCUGACUGCAUACAGUGAUUUAAUCCUUUUUUUUUGUAUUCACAUGUUGAUGUAAAUUGUUAUUAAAUAACAAAGGAAGA